AUGUCUCCCUCAGCCUCGCCCGCCCAUGAAGAGGUGGUAGUCGAAACUAUGGAGACGCAAGCGUCCCCGCAGCCGCAAAUCUUCCAAGCCACCGCACCUGUGGUGGCUACAACCACCACAACCACAACUGUCGCCUUCGAUAGCGACGCCGAGGCGAUAACAACAGAGGAGAUACAAAAGACCAUUGCGCACCCUGGAUCAGUUCGAAUUAACGUCGAGGGCGCCUUCAUUGUCGAAUCGCAGCCCAAUUCGCCCACUCAAAAGCCCGUCAACUCUGGGCGCAUAUCACCCAGCCACGAGACCAGUGACAUCAGGCUCCCCAACCACACUGCGGUCGUGAGCCAUGUCGCCAUAGAUAUCGGAGGGUCGCUGGCCAAGCUGGUAUACUUUACUCGGGAGGCCCACUCCACCGAGCCCGGAGGCAGGUUGAACUUCCACAACUUCGAAACCGACCGCAUCGAUGACUGCAUCGAGUUCAUCAGACACCUCAAGGAGAAGCAGCUGGGUCUCAAUGGCUCCCACCCUUCUGAGCUGUGCGUGAUGGCGACGGGAGGAGGGGCGUACAAGUUUUACGACAAGAUCCGCGACGCGCUAGGCGUAGAUGUGCUCCGGGAAGACGAGAUGGAGUGCCUAAUCAUUGAGAUCCCUCGAGAGGUCUUCACCUAUAGCGAAACCGACCCGAUGGAGUUCGUUUCUCCCAACGAAGCCAUCUAUCCGUACCUUCUCGUCAAUAUCGGGUCUGGUGUGUCCUUCCUCAAGGUAUCGGGACCCCACAAGUACGAGCGCGUGGGCGGCACUUCACUCGGAGGUGGGACGCUCUGGGGACUCCUAUCACUCCUGACCGGGGCGCGGACGUUUGACGAGAUGUUGGACAUGGCCGACAAAGGCGACAAUACCAGGGUUGACAUGCUCGUUGGCGAUAUCUACGGAACGGAUUACGGCAAGAUUGGCCUCAAGAGCACGACCAUUGCGUCGUCAUUUGGCAAGGUUUUCCGCAUGAAAAAGGAGGCCGAAUCUGAGGCGGAAGACAGCGGAGGCGCCCUGGCCUACUCGCUACAGGACGGUGCCAUGGCGAUCGACGCCGACCCUGGCUCGGAGGAGAGCAACAACCCCCACUUCAACCGCUCCGAUAUCUCGCGAUCCCUCCUCUACGCCAUCAGCAACAACAUUGGCCAGCUCGCCCACCUUCACAGCCGCAUUCACGACCUCAACCACAUCUACUUUGGCGGUAGCUUCAUCCGCGGCCACCGUCAGACCAUGAACACCCUCAGCUACGCUAUCAAGUUUUGGAGUCACGGGCAAAAGCAGGCUUACUUCCUCCGGCACGAGGGCUACCUCGGCGCUGUCGGGGCUUUCCUCAAGCGGCAACCUAGGAACUGGGGCCGCCGAGGCAGCUUCGAGGAGUCUGUCGCCAAGGAUGGCCUGGAGUGGCGCAUGCGCGAGAGGAGUGCCCACGAAGGUGCCGAGGCGUCGUGA